UAUUUCUCAUGUAAAGUAGUAUUUAUUGUUACACCAUGUUUUGUAUUGCUCUUAGCUUGAAUGUUCUCUCCCUUGUACGUCGCUUUGGACAAAGGCGUCUGCUAAUGACUAAAUGUAAAUGUAAGACCGGCAGAGGGCGAACACACCUCGCGUGCCGUCCCAGUCCCCACCCUCUGUGUGUCCCGCCCCGCGGGAAGGAGGUGGCGAGGUCCUCGCGCAACAGACCCACAUUGAGAAUGGCUCUGCUAGUUACAUCAUCACGGCCCGCCAGAAUAAAUCGGACGGACCAGGUGAUUUUUCGUCUGACUCCCAGCUCCCGGAACGCAGAAACCAUGUGGAUCUCUAACGGCCAGCACGAGCUCACUAGACCUAAGGGAAUGAAGCCGGGCACAUACUAUGCCAAAGCUGAAAUGAGACAGACAAUCUUUUGAAUCUACUUUUGAAUCUUCAAGUUCUUUUUUUUUCAUCUAAAUUAAGUUAUAUUUCCUUAGUGUAUUUACAGAAGGCCUGCUGUCAUGAUCGCGUGUCAGAAUUCUUCCCUCAUCGGACAGUCGCGUGGAUCAUCAGUACUGUAGUAACCAGGUGUUCCGCAGCGCGCGCCAGCCAGCCUAAACUUUUUGUGGCGAAGUCGUCCUCGGACCGGACGAGCGCGCGCGCGCUUUGGGGGAAUUCGGUCAUAAAACUGUUCUCUUUCGGGAUCAUUGGAUAAUCACCAGCCAGCGCUUGAGAGGAUUAUUAAUACUUAAUCAAUAAAAACGAUUUUCCCUUAAGAAAUAAAAGAAUGGAUAACACUUUUUAUUUUCUGGCCAUGUAUAUGCUGUUUAUUACCCUCGGGUUCCGGAUUGACACGGGGCUGUGCCAACACUACUAUCUCCUGCGCCCCAUCCCCAGCGACACGCUGCCCAUAGUGGACCUACGGGAGGAUCCGGACCCCGUGCUCGACCCGAAGGAGCGGGACCUCAACGAGACCGAACUCCGAAGCAUACUGGGCAGCCACUUCGACUCGCAGUUCAUGUCUGUCAACCCUCCUCCGGAGGAGAAGUACACCGUCGGCAGCGAGGAGGGGGGCAACGAGUCGGAGCUACGGCGGCCCAGGGGCGCCAUGCCCAAAGACAUCAAGUCCAUGGAGUUCGAGAUCCAGCACGGCAACAAGAAGCAGCACACCACGCCCGGCAAGAAGCUCCGGAGACGGCUGCAGCUCUGGCUCUGGUCGUACGCCUUCUGCCCGGUGGUUUACGCCUGGAACGACCUGGGCAGCAACCGAUUCUGGCCGCGCCACGUGAAAAUUGGGACGUGCUACAAUAAGAGGUCGUGUUCGGUUCCGGAAGGGAUGGUCUGCAAACCCGCCAAGUCGGCCCACUUCACCAUCCUCCGAUGGCGGUGCCAGCAGCAGCGACGGGGAGGGCUCAAGUGCACGUGGAUCCCCGUUCAGUACCCCAUUAUAACGGAGUGCAAAUGCUCGUGCCCGAACUGAAAUAAGCUACGGUUCUUUUCACAUGCACUGUCCAGUGUAGGAAUGUAUAUAUUAUGUAUGUUGUGUAUGUUUAUGAUUUCACUUGUACAAAGGUCAGUAUUAUAUAUGAUUACAUCCUAUACAUCCAGCGUCUACUGUAUUUUUGAACUUACAUUGUGAUAUACCUUUAUAUUUAUAUUUAGGAGAUUUUCGCCUUGCGAAGAAUUAAAAUGUUUAUUAAAGGAAUUAACAGUUUUUUUCCAUUCUUCGGAAAAAGACGUGUACACCUCCGGUUGCAAAUAUAGAUGACAGUGUGAUUCGGCAGCUAUGUUUGCUGUGCACACGAAGAGGAAAAUUAUCAUUAAACUUGUAAAUUAAGAGCAACUUAUAUUUAUUCUCUAUGUCCAUAUAAUCAAAUAUCAUCAUUUCCAAUAAAACCACUAAAACGUCA